GCUACACACAGGUGCUUUGACGAUUGUCACUUGUUGAGCGCAGCUCACACACAGGAAACCAACCACAAAUCAUUAACCUUAGGUUUACAAACCAUAGACUCUCCUCUCAGAGUGACAUCUGUUCGAGAGCAGAUAGUAUCCGGGUAUAGUAGUGCAUUAGUCCGGACUAAAACGCCCUCAUAGGCUGAGCUGUUGAUCUGAAAAGUUUGCGGAGCGCACAUCAUCACAAGUGUUUAUCAUGUCUGGUGAGGAGACUCCAACUCAGCAGCAACAACCUGAACAGGAGAAGCAGCCCGACGAGCCUCCUCCAUCUGCCCCGGAGGCACCGCAGGAGUCUGGGGCAAGCCCCGCAGCUGCAGCCGAGGAGGAGAAGCCGCUCCCCUGUCGGGCUCUGGUUCUUACCGGGUACGGGGGCUAUGACAAGAUAAAGCUGCAGGUGAAGACGCUGAGCCCACCGCAGCUGAAGCCCGGAGAGGUCCUGUUGCGGGUCAAAGCGUGCGGGCUUAACUUUGCCGAGCUGCUGGGCAAGCAGGGGCUGUACGAGCUGCUGCCUGCCCCGCCCGUCACGCUGGGGAUGGAGGGCUGCGGGGUCAUCGAGGCUUGUGGAGAGGAUGUUAAGGACAGGAAAGUGAGUACAGGCCUGUGGAGAGCACUCACACCCACAAAAUGUCACAGUGCACAUAAACAACGUCCGCUCAUAGAACCUGAGAUGGUUUAUGAGGGGGCUGGGGAAAGUGCAAGGGUUUUCUGCAAUGAUACGCCGCUUUCAAAAUGCAAAAGUAUUGUUUUCUUUAUGUCGUACAUUUCUUUUGCGGAAAUUUAAGUGAAGGAGACAAGAAGAUCUUUAAACAAGAGCAGGCACCGGAGAUUAGUCAUGAAUUAACUGUUUAUUUUAGAAGAAGGGUAAGUCUUGUCUCUGCAGGGAAAACAUUGGCCUGAAAACCCCCUCUAUUCGGACCACAUCUGGAAAGGGCAUUUUCUCCUCUUUGUAACCAAAGAAAACUAGUCAUUGUGGGACUUUUACAGCAAUUAAAGCUCCUGUGAGGAGUGUUUUUGACGUAUGAAAAAGACUGAAAUUCACAUUGAUGCCUUUUCAUGAUAUACAAAAGCAAACAAGACCAUCAGCAACAAUAUAGAUGAUUUUUGCGCCUUAAUGUUUAAUAUCUAAAACUGGUGUGGGAGGGUAGGUGUUGGUGAGCAGCUGAAGAAACAGCCCUGAGUUUUAAUCAUAACAAUAAAUUAGGGAUGCACCGAUCAAAUAUUUGAUAUCUGUAUCCCUCUCGAUACUCAAGAAAAUUCUAGAUCGUUUCUUGUGACAAUGGGCCCGAUGCAUAGGGGCUGAUUUAUUCAGUCUAACUCUAUGCUAUGCGCCAAGAGUGGCAUUUACAAGUAAAUACAUUAAGCAGAUGCCUACAUUGUUUUCAAAAUGGAGCGAGCAAAGGGUUUUGCUAUCUUGAACUUUAUCACAAUACCUCAGCCUACAAGCUUGACGGCCAAUUGCAAUACCUGUGCAGUAAAUGUUUUGAGGGGCAUUGAUAAAACCUUAGGUUACAACAAAGGUUAUUCAGCGUGGCUUUUCUGUAUUGGAUCGGUAUCGGCUGAUACUUAACUGUAGGUAUCCGUAUCGGUAUCGGAGGUGAAAAAAGUGGAUCGGUGCAUCCCUACAAUGAAUGCUACAUUUGACUAUCAAAAGUCAUUACUUAAACAUGUAGAGGACUGCGUUGUGCACAGGGGGCGCCAGAAUGUACACUCACCAAAAGUCCCUCACAGGAGCUUUAAAGCAGAUGAACUGGAAAUUCUUCUCUAUUUAGUGUGUAUGACACGUGAGUCUUAGCCAAAUUUACCCUCAAGGGAAAAAGUUUAUUGAUUGGUGUUAUAUCAUGUUGUAUUGUUUUAGAUCUGUUUUAGAAUAAGCCCAAUAUUUUCAUAGUUCCUUUUUUAAAAAUGUCUCUGUGUAGUAUGUGGCAUAUGGACUUAGGAGUGUUGAAUUCCCUUGAUAGAACCCCCUGUUAGUCUCCUAUGCUAUUAUAUUGUGCUCUGUCCACUUGAUAAAAAAAAAACAGUGUAGAAAUAGAUAGUGCUCUGAUUUACAGGGAGCCCUUGAAGUGCCUGUGCGUUCUUCUGUGCAGAGGAGUGUAUUUACCGAGCCUCUGAUAAGCACUUUGAAAGGUCAAGUUUUUAUGGAAUUCUGAUUUGCCAUGGCAGGUAGAUUACAGAGAACGUUUACUUAUACUCUCUGUGUCUGGACCUUCUUUCUAAAAUAUCCAGAUCUCGCCGUGCCUGUGCUUUUUAUAUGGAACAGAGGAAACUAAGGCUAAAGAUCUAUUUGCAGCCCAUACAGGUGGCUCUUUCCUGCAGUGAAAGCACAUUUUCUUGAAAUGUUGUUGGGCAAAUCCCAGAGCAUCAGAGGCCAAAGCCUCCACCUGUUAUGUAUAGAGUUUAUUUACAGCCACAUAUUGAGGGUAAAAUAAGUGACUCACCAGAAGCUACCUGGACGAAAAAGAGGACAAAAAGCAGCAGUAUGCCUUCAUGAAGCUGCUUUUCACUUCAGACGUGCUUGGGUAUCAUGCAUAAGUACGGAGCCCCUAAAGGGACAUGGAUGGACUUUUUUUUUUUUGCGAGAUCUCGCAAAAGUAUUGCGAGAUCUCGCAAUACUUUUUGCGAGAUCUCGCAAAACGUAUUGCGGGAUCUCGCAAUACUUUUUGCGAGAUCUCGCAAAAGUUUUUUCUCCAUUCAGUGAACCGGAAGUAAAACACGCCUAAAAUAGCCUAAAAUAAGCCUAAAAUAAUAAUAAUAAGAAGAAGAAGAAGGAGCAACAGAGCACGGAUGAUGUGUACCAUAGACAUAAUAAAAGAUAGACCCCGCAUCGGCCGCUACCACGAAUGGGCGCUGUCGAGAAAUGCGGCCGCCAUCUUGGUCCGGUCAUCCGCCUCACUCUGCACCACUGUCUUCCUCUUUGGCCUACAAAUGACUCUACAGUCAAGUGUAAUGUUGAAAAAACGUGUAAUCAUAACUGUGAAAAGUUAUUCCUUGAGCCCUGUUCUCUGCUGUCCGCCUGUUGGCACAGGAAUACGCCGCACAGUGCUCCGGCAUCGCUGAAUGAAUGAAUGAAUGAAUAUGAUUGACCGGAGCGUAUGGGAAGCUUGACCUGACCAAGAUGGCGGCCGCAUUUCUCGCUGCGCAGCACCCCCAGCGGGGUCUACCCUUUUAUUAUGUCUAUGAUGUGUACGCUCCUCCAUCAUGUGUGUCUGUUUUACUUCCGGUUCACCGAAGUAGGACAGAACUUUGCGAGAUCUCGCAAAAAAGUAUUGCGAGAUCUCGCAAUACUUAUUGCGAGGGCUCGCAAUACUUUUGCGAGAUCUCGCAAUACUUAUUGCGAGCUCUCGCAAUACUUUUGCGAGAUCUCGCAAAAAAAAAAAGUCCAUCCAUGUCCCUUUAGGGGCUCCGUACAUAAGUAAGAAAAGACUUCAAAAUCCUCUCUGUUGUGUCAUCAGGCCCACAAAAGGUACAUUCAUUGUUUUUGUGCAGAUGUGAACAUCAGAUGACCUUGGGAAGGCCUCAGAAAAAAUGUGAUGUUGUUUGCCUCAUUUUCAUCCAGACUUAAGAUCAGGACUGAACAAAGUUGAACAGCUAUCUGCUAUUCUUGCCGCAUAACAACACAUUAAUCAUUCACUGAGCUAAGCAGGACUAGUAACUAUUUAACCAAGGGUGUGUUUGAAAUAUUUUGUGUCAGUAGUUGCCCCACUAUUUUCCUGAAACAAAGAUGGCGGAAUUUAAUUAAUAAAUCAUCCUGUAUUUAAACUAAAAGGUUUUUAUCACUUGUGUUUGUUCCCUGUCUGGUUAACAAACACAAUACACCCAUCUGUCUAUCAAUGCCCCUAAUUAUCCAUAAUUAUGCAAAACUCUUGGCUGUUUUUCAAUCAAAACAAGCCAGGGAUAAAAAUAUCCCCCCUCAUAGUUGUUACAUAUAAGUAAAAAAAGAUGUAAAGGCCAAAGCUAUUUGCUGUACUAGACUGUAAACAUGUUCGACUUUCCGCCUGAACCCUGUGCUGUCUAAUCUCUACUCCCUACAUUUCCUGUCUCUCUUCAGCUGUCAACCCAUCAAAGGCAAAAAUGCCUGGAAAAACAAAGGAGAAAAAAUAAUGCAUCCCCUCCUCAUAACGUGGGAAAAUUUGAAAAAUGUCCAAUCAUUUUUGUUCCCUUUAUAUCCCAGAAAGCCUUUGCAUAGUUGUGUACAAGACAGAUGGCCAUACUAGUUGCCAUGGAGUGUAUAAUAACUGGACAUAGCCUCAGUGACGUCACUCACUGUUGUGUUUGUUUCUCAAGCCUAUUAGUGGCAGCCGCCAUAAGGAAAUGCUGACUCAAUCUAGCUCUUGGUCAACCUCCCAGAGGCUUUUAACUCGACUUGUAAAUGACUACAGUGUGUGUCAGUCAAGUCAGUCAUGCCUCCGAAUCGGCUUAAAAACUUAAUUUCUCGGGAGCCCGGAGGUUGCCUUGUGGAGGCUGUAUCAAUGGAGCUCUGACAGGGUUUCCUUGGCUUUUGGAUACAGCUUCAAGUGGAACUUAAAGGAACUGCAUCCACUUGAUUGGUUAUAGUUGACCUCAAUCUGUGAAUGUGUUUCCUUGAUUACGAGUUCUUAUGUUGUUGAGGCAAUAUGCUGCCUGGGUUUUGAUCGUUGUUUUUUGUUUUUCAGCUCUGGGGUCCUUGUGGUGUUGUAGUCACUAUUACUGGGUAUUUGGUAUUGGUUUCUUUGUCUUUUUGCUCAUUUUUAGUUCUCUGACUUAUGUUGUAUUUUGGGUUCUUGCUUUGUUCUGAUGUACAUUUUUGCCCCUGUGUGUUUGUAAAGCCAUGUUUAUGGAUGUUCUGUAUUGAUCCCCAAAAAGAAAUUCAAUUAUUGAAUUAUUGAUUCAUUCACUGGCCACAGAGCUCAUGGAUGAAGACCUUUGUUGUCUGUUGUGAUUUGUUAUUAUUGAAGGAAAAGCUUUUUUACAUUGAGUUGCAGUUCCUAUUUGAGAUGCUCCUUUUUGUGAACUUGUUCUUUUUAAGCUAUAACAAAAACAGGGCUACAAAUGAUUUAUUUCUUGCUGAUUUUUCUGUGGUCUCUGAAGCCUCAGUGACUUUCCAAAUAUUCCUGUUCUUGUUCAACUAACACCCAGGAACUAGAUUCUUCAUAUAAUCCCAGUAAUAGAGAAGAAAGGACAUUAGACAAUAAACAUACAGACCUGCUGUGUCAGUAAAGCUUGGCUGAAAAUCAGGAUCGUUUAAGAUGUCUCACAGUCAGUCCUUCAUCAGUAAAUUGGAUUUAUCUUGGCCUUUACAUAUGUGUAUGACUGAAGCUCCUCUCUGUCACCCUGCAUUUAUAUGGAAUUUAUUCCUCCUCCACUUAAAACAGUCUUUUCCCACCCGUUUGUCAUUCCUCCUCUGCCUUGUCCACAUUUUUGGACAGAACAAAUCUAUGGAGGGGAGUGGUGCGUUCCAGUCCUUCAUUAUUUUGAGAGGGAAGCAGCAAAACCAAGACACCACAAAUCCCCAGUCGCAGCAGCACAAAAAACACAAUAAAGCCAACAUUAGAGGAAAGAAUUGAACAUGCUGAACAUCAGAAACUAAACAGUGAAGAUUGAAGACACUGAGAUUUUGGUGAGGUCAGUGUUAGAAUCUGGGUGGGGCUGUUUUUGGAGACGCACUGUGGAGUAGAUAGUAAUAAUAGAAAGGUUAGCCAAGUGUUUCGGAGAGAGAGGGGCUGAUACUGUUGGAAUCAAGUUUGAUUGUAGUGAGCUCUCCCCAGAUGAAGACAGGAGGGUGUGUCUGUGUCCUCAGAAGCAGACAGAGCAGAUGUGUGAUGUAGGAUCCCGUUACAGUUUGCCUUUUUACAUUCCACUGGCAGCAUUACAUUGUCACAGAUGUUUUCAGACAAAAUGCCUUAACAGCCAGCGAUUAUGUGUCACCGCUUGAUUGAUAUUUUUCUGGAUUGGAGUCGUAAUGUUUCCAGCCGGAGUGGUUUAAAAUAAAAAAAACACCAUCUGCUCUGCAAAUCAACUUUUUCAUCAACUUGAUGUUGUGUGAUAAGAGGAUGUGAGGCAGUGGGUAAUGCUUUCUGGUUAAUUGAAAGCAGGUGUGUAUGGUGUAAAGUCUGACAAAUGAACUAUGCGCAUAGUGGAAUAUUACAAAGUGCAUUUAAAUGAAGCAGGUGCUAAGUUGAGGUGAUUUCAUGACCCUACCCUUACUUUAUAUCACUGUUUUCACACUCUGCUUCAACACAUUUAAGAGGACAGAAAUGCAGAAAACUCUCUUUUUAAGGGAGUUAGAAAGGUUGUGAAUGUGCAGUUUGUGUGGAAAUAGUCUCCUAUUAGGAGUUUUUAGCUGGUUACAAAACAGAAUGAACUGAAUACUGAUGCUUUUAUAUGCUCCACCAAAGUAAACAAAAACAUCAGUGUCAAGACUGUUAUUUUUGAUGGGUUUCUUUGUUAGGAAACACUGUUUAAACAUACAGACCGAAAUCAGCAAAGAGAGAAGAAUUUCCCCUCUGUCCACAGGGGGCACCAAAGUCAACACCAACCAAAAGUUUCUCACUAGACCUUUAAUCACAACACUUACCUCAGGACCACUGUUAGAACACUCAUUUAUUAAAGAAAAUAGCAUUUUAAGUUCAUAUAAAUAAUUAUAAAAAUGAUCAAGCUGGCUGGUUGUGCUAUAAGGAAGUUCAAGUCCAGCAUUAAUUCAGCAGCGUAAGUCAGCUCCACCCUGACUCCACCUCGGCCUCUGUACUUGUAGUUCCAGUCAAACAAAUAUAUCAACAUGCUCCCUCUCUUUUGUCUCCACUGUUAUUAAGAAGUAUUUGUCUUGUCUCAUGGCUAUAAAUAAAUCUGUAAAUAAAACAUGCAGCAAGUACUGACAUGCCUUAUUGUGCUAUGUUUAUGUUUUUAAGAGUUGGUGUCAAUGUAGUUUAACUGCACCACUCUAAAAUCCACACAUUCUUCAUUCAACAUCUUCUUCGUUCACCUCAGUUCAUGUCAGCUGUCCAGGAACUGAGCUCAGCCUUUUUUCAAACUGACUAUCAGGCAUUUUUAAGUUCAUGCAUUCAGGGCUUUGUGUUUCAUAAGAGCAGGAGUUGAGAAAUUUAAUCAACCUACGAUGAAGCAUUUCACCCGAGAGGGAAGUUGAAUUGUAAAACUAGAGCUGUAGAGAUAUCCCACUGCAUAUACAGCUUGUUUGUGUGUGUGUGUGUGUGUGUGUGUGUGUGUAUCUGUGUGUGAGUGUGUAUCUGUAUCUAUUGUCAUGGGUUUGUGUGCGGCAGGAAGUGGGUGUGGCUCAGCACUUUAGAGGUUGUUUUAAUAGGAAGCAGUGUAGCAUUCACAAUCAGAUCAGACGUUUUUCCUGUACCCUUCCUUCAUUUUUUCACGUUUCACAGCACGGCUGAUACUGAUAUAACAACAUGUCUACAUUACAUAAAGUGUGAAUGAAUUUCCCUGUUGGCCCCUUUGCAUGUUCCGGAAAUUUGAAGUACACACACAUCACAUUUUUUCCUUACAUGUCUUGCGAUGGCGAUGACAACACUCCACCUCUUCGAAAACAGUUUUGAACUUUCCAAGAGUCAUUUGUCACUAAAAAUGCAAACAAGUUGAAGAUAUCAAAAAGCAGCCAUGUUAGUCAGUUUUAACUGGAACUGAAAGAACAACUUUUGACUACCUCAUGCCGUGCUGGUUUUCUGAAUGGACAGCAACGCAUCAAAUGUUGCUUAAAUGAUUUUUAAGAGUGGAUUUGAUGCACCUGACUGACACCAGACCAUGUGGACAUGCUUAUUUUUCUCUAACAAGCAUUUAGAAAACAGGACAUCUGAGAGGUUCAGUUCUGUUGUUGCAAAAAAGCAAUAAAAAGUUUGAGUCUGACUCUUUCUGACUACAAGUUUGAAGAAGAUAUUUUCAGGAGCCAGAUCCACGUGUUGAUAUUCAAUAUGUUAAAUAGUUUGAAUCCGAUAGUUUGGGUCCAUGUGAAAAUGUUACCCCAAACAGUUUAACUCUAUAUGCAUAAAGUCUGGUGAAGUUGAUGAUCACUUGAUUCUAGAAACAGUUUCAAAAUGCAGCUUGGUGUGCAGGAUGAGCCAUUAGAGCCAUUAUAAAAAUGCAAAACUUCAAAAUACUGUUAACAAUACACAAACUGUUUGAUUGUUGGAAACACCCACUGCAAUAUUCCCUCAGUAACCUUUCUCAUGCCUUCCCUUUCUUCCUCUUUCCUUUAUCAGGUGGGGGAUCGAGUCAUUGCCCUUGACCGCAGUGGCAUGUGGCAGGAAGUAGUGGUUGUACCCGCCAAUCGCACCUUCCCUAUGCCUGAGGAGAUGAGCUUUGAGGAAGGUGCUGCUCUGCCUAUUAACUACCUCACUGCCUACAUGAUGCUGUUUGAGAUGGCCAAUCUGAGGCCAGGGAAGAGUGUUCUCAUCCACAUGGCAGCAGGUAAAAGAAGAUAAAUUGCAAUACAGCGCAAUUUUUUCCCCAAACUUCACUUAUAUAAAAUCAGUUCUGUUUAACUCACCCAAGAGCGAACAGAUAAGAUACUGUCUGAGUUCAGUUUAUCAAUCAGAAUCAGGUGUUUAUCACAAUCGAGUAAGAAAGCUGAUUUAAUCUGAAUGACUUCACUCAAAACUUUUGCCAACAAUCUGAAAACUAAUUUCCUCCAAGUUUUGCCUGUUCAUUAUUAUUUUCAGACGUCUGUGUGCUUUGACGUGGGAAAAAAAGCAUGAACGAUGGAACAGCAAAAACAGUUUAGAGUUAGUGGCAUCAACUACAAACCUAUUUUGUCAGAACCAAUCAAACUUUUACACCCAAUUAUAACAACACUUUGCAAAACGAGCACAUCCUCUGUGAAUUAUGUCAUAUUAUGAACAAAGAAAACAAUAUCAGUCCACAAUGAGCAUGAAUUUGGCAACAGUUGCAAGAGAAAACUUUCUUUUUUAACAGGAAAAACCUGAAGCAGGACCAGACUUAUUGAUUUAUUCUCAUCUGUUGCGACUGGAUGGGUUAAAAAAAUCAUGAUGAAGGGUGAUGCAGAAAGGUGGAGAUGGAUAAUACAGACUUUAAGCUGCAUUGGCAAUGAUGAUAGUCAAGGUAAAAUACUUAUGUAAUUCAACGAUCCAUUUUCAUAGGCAGCAAAACAAAAGUUUGAUUUUUACAGCUGCUUGAUUAGGUGGAUUUACAACUUCUCUGAUAUAUGGAAUUAAAGAUGAAAUAUAUUUUAACAUUAGGGGUUGGGAAGAUAGAAGCAAUAUGAUGAAGGUGUAACUCUUAAUGAAAAACGAAUUACCCAAUUUUCUUUAUUCUGACAUUUUAUUCUGAAAGGGACUCAAACAGUCUGUUAUUAAAAAGAGAAAUGAAAAAUAACUAUGGUUGUAAACAUGAUUCAUAGCUUACAUGUGGGCCCCUUUGUGUAUGUAUGGCUGGACAGAUUCACGUAAAUCUCUUAUCUUACAUCGCCCCUGGUUUCCCUGGUAACUCACACGGCUUGUUAACUCUAGGUCACUAAUCAGUCCUCUCAAUGCAGCCAUGUUUCUACGCUGAAAAUGAUUCCCUCAUAGAUGACAGAUAUAGUGUGCGUGUCUUUGUGUGUGUGUGUGUGUGCGUGCGUGCGUGCGUGCGUGCGUGCGUGCGUGCGUGCGUGCGUGCGUGUGUGUGUGUGUGUCACGUCCUCAUAGCAGCUUAUUCAUAAAGUGGCAAACAGGAUCAUUAACAGGUGUGGUUGCUUUGGCAACACCUGACAUUUCGAGGAGAGGCUUAGACAGAGUAACAAGUAAUUACUUCUCAUUGACUGUAGAGGAUUGUGUGUGUAUGUUUUUUUGUUUGUUAGUUUUUGUGUUUGUCUGUGUAUGUGUGUCCAGAUGUUGAAAGAACCCUGUCCUGGUGAUACUACAGUACAUCAUAUCAGUACAUCAUAGUUCUCACAGUUUCUCCCAUAGCGGUUAUACCACACUAUGAUCUUUCUGCACAUGUGUUUCUCUCUGUGAUCUUCUUCUCUGUUUUGAAGUGGGUGAGAGUCGCACACUGACGUGCACCAAUCAGGACUGAGCAACAUUUGAGUCAGGAUCUGAUAACAGGUGUUUGGUCGUUAUGCUUCUUUUGGUGAAAUCUCAUCAAACCACACCCACACAGUCCUGGUGGAGCAGACUAAACGAAGUCUUUUGAGUGUUAGUCUCUUUGCUGACCUAAAAGUGUAGUGUGCAGAAUUAAAACAGACCCAGUACAUAUUAAUAUGAAUUCAUAAGUAUGUCAAUAUAUUGAUGCCUUCACAUGGCAAACAGAAACAAGCAUGAGCAUUUUAUGUCAUUAUAGGGACAACUUCUCUUAUGCAUAGCACUGCAAUGUUUCUACAGUAGCACAGAGGGGACAAACUCUUAAUAUAUGCAUUUUUGCAAACAGUGAGUGGCUGUGCAAAAUAAAUGCACAAUCUCAAUAGCCUCCAUACAGGAAAUGGUUAAAUGUUUCACCUUUCAUCAGUCUCAGUCUCAAGAAAACCUUGUUGUCUGUCCUGCUUUUUUUGUGCCCAUUUCAGCUGUAGACAAUGAAAAAGAAACAGGAUAAAUCUUAACAUUAAAAAAUUCACACUAUAUAAUACAGGGCUUAAACAGUGUUAUUUAAUGUGUUGGGAUUUAUAUUUUCUUUUCUCUAAAGGAUUAAGGAUUUAAAGCAUUCAAGUGUUUCAAGUUCUCUGAUAGGUCAGCGUUUAUUCACCAGUCUCUAUUCAAAGUCCGGAGGUCAGUUUCUAUCAUCAUGCUGCAUCACAGACUGGUGCUCUCCUGCAUCCUCGCUCUCAAAGGCCGUGUUUCAGAGCUGAGUGGGCGGGUGGCUGUCAGCUGACCUGUAUGAAUCAGCCACAUGAGGCCGGGGUGAAGAGGAGGGCAGGAAGGAUUACUGUGAAGCUGCACAGGCGGGCGAUCAGCCGUCAUUGUGAAAGACAUCUCACGGUUUUUGCAGAACAAGGGCAAAGACACAAGAAAUGACUGGAGACUGUUUCACCUGUUUGCUCCUCUGUUUCACAAUGUGUCACCCACACUAAAACCAUGUCAGGAACCCCUGUACAUAUGAGUGUGGCAUAGCUGAAUGUAAACCUUCAACUGCUGUGGUUUAAUCUUCUCUACAUCUCUGACCUUUACCUCCUUCUGAUUAUGUUUGCUGUUUUCAUUUACCACAAAGGUUAUUGAAUCAUCUUAUUCUGUGAGUCUGGCAGUUACAGUAAGUCUGUAUGGUUUCAGUCAGCAUGUUACCAUAAAGAGACAUUUAUAUAAACAUACUAAUGGAAUACAUCAAUAUCUUUAAAAAUUGUGGUGUUUCAACAAGGAUUUUGAAUAAAGUUUAAUAGUUUUGAACAACAUCAAGCUGCUAAAAAUGAGUGAAAAAUAACUGAAUGAUUGAAAGCCACAAGCAUGCUGUGCUUUUAGCUGGUAGUUGGGUUUUCUAACAAAUGGAUUAAUGUAAUUUUUGCUGCCAAAUAACUAAGGACAAAACUUUACAGUAUUAAAUGUUGAAGGACUGAACAAAGGCGGGUAUAAAGUUGGUAUAUGAGUCAUGCAAGAAGUGUAUUGUGAAUUGCAGAUGAGAUCAGCGCUGUGUCAUCUCUGCUCUCAUAGCUGUUUGCUGUCAGGUGAUUUAUGCACCUCCUGUACUCUCAUUUCUCUUUGUUGUGCUGGUCUGCUCGUCUUAAGGUGGUGUUGGUAUCGCUGUCACACAGCUUUGUAAAACUGUGCCAGAUGUGACUGUGUUCGGUACAGCAUCAGCCUCCAAACAUGAGACCAUUUCUCAGGGCGGGGUGACUCACCCCAUCGACUACCGAACCAAAGACUAUGUGGAAGAGAUCCGCAAAAUCAGCCCAAAGGGUAAAGAAAUACACAACACCUUUUACAUAAUAUGUUAGUGUUGUAGGACAAAAACAUGAAUCUGAUGAUCCCUAAAAUUUUUAAAAGUUACUAAUUUUUCUUUUUUUGUCCACUGUGCUGCUGGUUUUCUGUAUGUCUUGUCACAGGGGUGAACAUUGUCCUUGACCCGCUUGGCGGUUCUGACACCCAGAAAGGUUUUAAUUUGUUGAAACCUUUGGGCCAGCUUAUAGUUUUUGGUAAGUCAUUUGGAAACGUAAAAAAAACUAAAACUAAAACUUGCUUCGGUGCCUCUGUUAAAUCUGCAUUCACAUAUUUGUAUUUGUUUUAUUUUACACCUAAUGGUACAGUAGGGCUGUCAUGUAUCAGAUUUUUACCUCAGUGAUGCAGAUUAUGAUUUAUCCACAUCACUGACCGUGUAACUUAAACUUCUUUAAAGACCCACUCCGAUGAAAAUCAUGUUUUUCUGGUCUACAUUUAUAUGGCAUUUUGUUGGUGCUACAGGACAUAUGAGAAAAAUAAAUCCAAAUGGCAUUUCUGAGAAUUUCUGCAGUUAAAUCUCUGUGAAUCUCUGGCAGACCCAAACGACAGGCUCAGAUUCAGUAAGAUUUCUUACGUAGCAAAUCCAAGCUCCGCCCUCGGAGCCCCACUAUGCAGACCACAGUCAGAAAAGUAGAGAGGAUGAUCGCGGAACAAGCGUGUGCAUUAGCAGAUUGAAAUGCUCAUAAGAAAGCUAAUUAUGAUAUUAGCUUUUAUCGUGUCUCUAAAGACAUGAGUGUCCAAGAGCUGAAUAGCUCCUAUGUUACCUGCCACUUCUACUACACCGGCAAUGUCAGGCUGCAAGCCAGUGUGAAGAGGAGUGUGAAGAGGAGUGUGCAGAGCAGCGCUGUCUCUGCCCACGACUCAGAGGUGAAUUGCUAAUGAGCUACUGGAGUUUUGCAGAAGAAAAGCCCUUGAAAAUUACACAGGUAACGUGAACGUAACGUAAAAACUUCAUAAUCACAACUUAAAGACAACUGAUAAAACUUUAAAUGGUAAAAAAAAAAUCGGAGUGGGAAUUUAACAGAGAUUGCAUCAUAAACAGUUGCUUGUUGUGCUUUUAUUUUGACAUUUUUGCUGUCUUGCAUUUAGGUUGCUCUAUUUACUACAUUGGAAAAUUGUGCUUUUAUUUUAAAGUAUAAUCCACUUCCCUUAGAUCCUAAUUUAUGGAACUGUAUGCAAACCGUUAAAAAGACCAGUUAGAAAUUAUUCCUAUUGUAAUUUUUUAAUAAUAUGACUUCCAUGCCCUGUUUCAUUUCUGUUUUGAGGUGCUGCAAACUGCGUUACGGGCCAGAAGAAGAACCUGUUGGCCAUGGCUAAGACCUGGUACAACCAGCUCUCUCUCUCAACUAUGAAGCUGAUGCAGGCCAAUAAAGCGGUAUGUGGCUUCCACCUGGGCUACAUCCAAGAUGAGGAGCUCUUCGGCAGCAGUAUGAUGAAGCUGCUGGAGCUCUACAAGCAGGGGAAGAUUAAACCCCGGAUUGACUCGUGCUACCACUUUGAGGAGGUUAGUUUUUCAUGUAAACUAUGAAACCAGCACUGAUAGCACCCUCACCAUUUUUUACAUCACUUAGAAGCAAAACUGGUGUUUUUAUUUCAGCACACAUCUCUUCCAUCCUUGAAGCUGUAUAGGAAGAUUGAUAAAUCUGCUGUAUUACAUUACAAACACUUUCAGGAAAUUGUUAGCUUUGCAUAGCACAAGACAGGGAGAGAGCUUGACUAAUUGUUUCCAGGCAAAAUGUAAAAAUAAACAAUGGUAUCUCCAUGACUGAAUAGCUUUAUUUUUUUGUCUGAAAGGAAUAUAACUCAACAUUUCAUCUGAAUCGUUGCUGUUUUUGUUAAUUUUAAACAAGUAGUGUUGCCUUAAACUCACAGUUUUGAAUUUAAAAAAAGGAGUAAAGGGUGUAUUUAAAAAAAAAAAAGAAAGAAAGAAAGCUUCCUCAUGGUCCUAUCCACUUAAGAUCAGUCAUUAUAACUCAUCACAUUCCCUUUUUUUUAAACUAAGGCAAAAAAUCAAACCAACAUGCCCCUUUUGCAUAGGUUGCUCCUUAAGGGCCGUUGCUAGGUUACAGCAGAAAUUGUCACCAUGGUACCUAUUACUUGUGUUAACAUCUUUUUUAUGAGUUUCUCUGAAGACUCAGCGGAAAGAAAGGGGUGUGAUGCAAGACGAUCCAGGCUGUGUCAAAGGCAGGAAACAGACAAAAGCUCAGAGUGAAAAUAAUAGGAAGUGUGUGUCACUAAUGGCAAAAAUACUUUUAGUAGAUUACCAGCAUUUCCACGAGUCAUCUUCUUCUUUAUGUUGGGCAUCCUGCUGUUUCUGAUUAAUCAAAUUUGAGGAUAUGCAAGACACCCAAUGUCCUAAAGAAAGUUUUAAUUUGAGCAUAAGAAGUUUGAAUUGAGGAAAAAUAAUUUCAAAACAUUUUCCUGUUUUUAGUAAAUCACUGUGAGGAGGGUUUGUGAGGGAUGUAAACUACAAUCACACUCUAUUUAUAACAAGAAUACAUCUAAAAAUAUAGAUCUGUUUCCUGUUGUUUUUAAGGUGGCUGAAGCCAUGAAGCGCAUGCAUGAACGCCAAAACAUCGGGAAAGUCAUUCUUCUCCCUGAAGCCAAGAAAGAGGAAGAGAAGCCAAAAUCCAACCCUGAACCGGUAGAAAAUGUGGAAAAAAAUGAAGAUGCCCCCGCCCAGCAGAAAGAAGAGGUCACAGAGGAAGUUAAAGCAGAGGAAAAUUGAGUAAGAGUGUUUAUUUGAAUGAUAUUUUCAAGCACUUCCUCAAUGAUUUCCCAAGUAUUCAACCACCAAAAAAAGGAAAGAAAAGUGAAGAAAAGCAGUGUGCCAUUAAUUUGUUGACUAUGUCAGUAUUUCCAAAUGUUUAUGAAGAAUUUGUUGUGCAAUAUGUUUAUAGUGUCAUGUCUUUGUUGGAAAGUUGUAUUUGAAUGGAGACAGUGUUGCUUCAGAGGUUUCGGUCACAAUGAUAGUAGCUUAUCAACCACACAAAAUUGUAACAUAAUGUAACAAUCAAUCCUGUAAUCCAUCGGUUAUCAGCUGGCAACGAUAUGAGUCUUUUGGAACAAUAGCCAACUGCUCUCUAUUUUCAGAUUAGCUAGCAGUUAGUGCUGAAUGACUUUGGCAAAGUCUGUCUGAGGCAACCAUGUUCAGAUCAGCUGUGACGCCAAAUUUUUCCUUUCAGAUCUGCCUGCAAAACAGAUUCCUUUAAUCUUCUUGGUUCAUCACGCCCUCCUGAGUAGCACUUGUUCAUUUGGCUGUAGCAGUUCUCAGCAUCACUGUAAAUGGUAACUUUCACAGACUUCCUCCAGUUACAUGAGCUUGAAAAAGAUUUGACUUGCACUUCAAGAGUUUGUCAAAAUAACAUGACGCAGAUUUAUAAAAAGUAAAAAUGCAAGCUGCCCUCAGAGGAAGCAAAUGGCCUUUGAGCGGUCGGAUUGAACGUUUCUGAUGCAUUCCAGGAAGUCAGGAAAUCUUCACGCUGACUAGCUUUUGCAACACAAUAAGAAGCAAAAUGUUUGCCUUGGUUAACAUUUUUACCAGAAUAGAUUGCUAGCUGCACUUGCAUCUAGAUAUCCAUUUCUAGAGAUAAAUAACAUGUCAGGUGAGUCACGUUGUCAAUAUCACAGAUUGUAUGGAAGAUUUAGAGUCUUACUAUACUAUUUCCUUGUAACACCAAAACUUGCUGAUAUGUGACUGGUCAUCACUCCGUAUUCUACAAACAUCACAGCCCCCCUAACCAUACUGAAAAUCCAGACUCCAAGUACAGAUAAUUCAUUCUUAUCCAGAACCUGUAGUUAGAAAUUACAUAAUAGAAAGUAGGGAAAAACUGAUGUCAUAUGUCGAAUGGAAAAAGCCGUUUGAAUAAUUUCAAAAUACUUUCAUGAGAUUUUGGAAUUAACUGUAAACACAUUAGCACAACCUGCUUCAUCUGUAUUACUGUAAGACUUGUUAGAAAGGCAUUAGUGGUGGGUAAGUUUAGUGUAGUUUCAUACAUUGUGGUGCUAAGCUUACAUUCAGUUGCUGUCAUGAGAAUUGUGUUGUUUUUUUGUUUUUUUUACAUCCUUUCUUCUUCGGUAAAUGUUUAAAAAAUAUCAUUCAGUGGAAGUCAAGGUUGGUAUGUAUUCUGGUUUGAUUGUUACAUGAUGUAUUUUUCUCACAUAUGAGUGCCAAAUUUAAAGCCUCCACCGUCAGGCAAACUGUGAAUAACAAUUAGCGGGACUUCCCGACCUUGGCAGUCCCUUGUGGGUUUUCUUUCCAAACAAUGUCACGCUGAACUUGAGAUAAAUCAUUUGGCAGGCCUUGAAUGUCUCUGUCCUGUAAAUUAGCUGCUUUUUCAAAUUCAAAAUAAUCAAGGUGAAUGAUUCAAAGUUUACAAUACCGCAGCUAAGCAUGCAUUAUUACUUUGUGCUCCCUCUUGUAUGGACGGCAAGUAAAGGUUAAACAUUUAUGAAGAAAAACUGCUUUGCUUUAUGCACUUUAUUUCUAUGCUCAAAGUAUAUCUUAUCAAAGCUUCUACGGCUUAAUAUUUGGCUAUUAAGCUUCAAGUAUUCACAUUUCUUCACAUUUUUGUGUUUUUUUAAUGAAUGGCCUUACAAAGUGAAGUUUUAGGUUUAAAUGUUUUGUCCAGCUGUGGGUGUAAUUCAAUGCUGUGACACUGAAGAUGCUGCCGAAGCACAACAGAGAGAGUUUUCCUCUCCUUCGACACCACAGCGCCUCUCCACAUUCCUCUCCCCUCCCAAACACUCCUGCUUUCUGUCUCUCUCAAAGCCUUCCUCCUCCCCUUUUUCCUCUUCAGUGUUCACCAUUUUCAGUUUCUUCAAAGCUGUUGUAACAAACUCUCACAGAUGAUGCUUUAUGUUAUUUACAUUUGAGGUGUUUUUUUUUUUCUUUUCUUUUUGUCAUUUGGAAAAGUAUUGUUAAGUUUGGCCAGGUUUCCAUCUCCAGGUAGGCAGUAAGAUGUGAUGUGGAUUUCGGGUAAGGACUGGAGCUGUUCAGUUUAACUAGUACUACACCCAGUAUCAGUUAAGUUUAACUACUGAGCACAGUAAAUUCUUGUUAAAUGAUAUGGGCAGGUAUAUCGUUGGGGAAACUUCAAGAAAAAAAAAAAACACAUUUUAGUUGCUAAGUUCUCCUUUUUUUUCUUUGAAAUUUGCCCUAAAAUGAAAAGUUUGCUUUAAUGGCUUAUAUUGACAAAACUGUAUUUGGCUUUAGUGCCAGAAGAAGCUAAAGAAAAUGGAAACAUGUCAUGUUUCCAGUUAUAAUUCAACAAUGAUAUUGUGUGUAUAUGUUAUUAGUGUUUUCCCAUGCAGAGAAGGACAUCUAGUGGUCUUAUAAAAAGUUGUGCCUUUGAGCAAAGAUUCUUUACACAAUGUUGUAAAAGAAAAUGAACUGUGGCCUGUUUCUUUUUUAAAGGAAAAAAUUAAGUAAGUUGAUUGUUCAGCCAGAAAAAUCUGCUUUAGUUCCUCUUUUUACAUCUUCACAAACUACCCUGUAUAUGCUGUUAAAUUUGUUUAUGUUGAAAGGAAAAGUAGGAUCAUUACAGGAUGGUAUUGAGGCCCAAAAAUGGCAUUUAAACCAAGAUUCAUACAGUUAUGAAGUUACUUUAGCUGUUUAAAUGAAUUUUUUGUAAUCCAUAAUCACAAUGUUGUGGCCUUUUUUGUGUUAAAGAAGCGUAUUACUCACUGAAUUUAAUUAACAAGUCUUUUAAUUUGAUGUGUCACUGCAUUCAUCAUGACUGUGAUAUAAAAUGCUGCCUUUUUCUUGUUUGUAUACACACUUUAUGCACACUUGUAUUGUGUUGUUGCGGCACUAACCUGUCUAUGAUAUUAAAGUGUUAUCACUGA